AGCGCUUGUGUGCGGCCAGUACAUCGUGUUACACUGGAGUACUGGCAUCCCUUUGGUGUACCCACUCCAUUUCAAUUCUCGUACGAUUGCCAUCUGCUACUCACUUGGUUUUGAACAUAUACUUGUCAUUCACGUUCAAGCCCGCUCCUGAAGCACAGUGAUUCAUGGCCCCUGUAUUAUUGUCACAUCUGCUAGUUUGCUGGCUAAUUAUACUCAUCACUCGUAUUCUUGACAAGCCCUCUCGUUACAUCUGUCGACUCCGUCUUGUGCGCCACUUGAAUCACCUAUUUGAUAGUAAUAGCCUGCGUCCUAAGCAAGUCCAACUGGCCGCAAUUAUACAGUAACAUGGUUUCAUUUACUAUAAUUGUCAUCAUCCGACUUAACUGACACCGUCCUCCUUCACCUUGAUUCUCCGGGACGAUAUGAUCGAUCGCAUGAUACAGAGCGGCCGGUUGAUGGGCGGAACGAAUGUCACAAUGGCCCCAUCAUCCAAGGAGUCAUUACCAAAACGCCCUCAUCUUCUUGUUCCCGCAUGUUAUGCAUGCCACAAAAAGAAGAAAAGCUGUGUAGUCACCGCAAAUGCGGGUAAUAGAAACCGGUCCUGUAAUCACUGUCGUCGUCUUCAUAUCAAGUGCAUCGCUGAUGAGGCAGAGGCGAGUGUUAGCAAUGGAAAGAAACGGCGACACACCGAUGAUGGGGUGGAUGAGGUGAGGAAAAAGCAAUCUCUGGGGCGUUCCGGCGAUGUAGUCAGGAUUCAGGGUGCGGAGAAAGGUACUCAAAAAGGACGGGUCAAGGUUGAGGAUCGAAGAGACGUACUGGAGGUGGCGGAUGUGGACAAAUCCACACGUUUGGAGACAACAUUGCAGGAAUUGACGCAGGUGAUAACGCGGAAUAUGACAGUCAUCUCGGAGGAGCGGCGUGAGCGUGCGGAGUGUGACCGCAAGACCUCGGAAACAAUGAACAUGAUGUUGAAGGUGAUGUGCAAGAUUAUCGACGCAAGUCCCUUGCCAUCCGGUUCUGAAGACACUUAAGAAGUAAGUAGGACAGUUGUAAAUCAGAUCCCUUGCAGCUUAUUGAGGCGCCGGCGUUGGGAUGCAGGCACCGAUCCCAAGUUGUACAAAUUUCUUCUUGCGAAGAGGUUGCAAAAAAACAAAACAACAGAAGGGAACCACUUCGUCCAAUGGAGGAGUUUGAUUAUUGGCACGGUGUCCAAAAAGCAUAUGUCAAGUACUAAAAACAAAAAUACAACUAUUGGCAGCGACGAUACUGAUACACAUGCAAUCUCGAUCCUCCAACCU